AUGGCUUCGUCAAUGACCGCUUUGCUUUUCGGCUUAUCCGUCGCGUCGGCUAUAGCUGUCGGACCGCAGAGUCCCGGCACACAGAAAUUGUGCUCCGGUCUCCCAGCUCAACUUGCGUACCCGGUAGCAAACAACUCUCUGAUUCUCUCUUACUGCUCGUCGAAUUACCCUUUGGAGCCCGUAACCACAACUUAUACAGCGCCUACAUCUACUGUUCUCACCACAGUAGCCACAGAGUCGCCCAUUACAACUGUCACAACAGAUACCCUGACUGCGACUGCCGAUGCCACAACUGAGUUGACCACCGAUGUGGCCACCACGACAUCGGUCGUCUCGUCAACUAUUACUGAGAACGAGAUUGCAACUUCUACUGUAUUCACGACGACCACGACCACUACGACGACAACUAUCAACCAGUUCGGGAAACGUGAUGGCCUUAGACAAAAGCGGACAACGGGUGUGGCACCCAGCGUAACACCUUCCAAGAAGAAGUGCUCGAGCGUGUACCCCUCGUCGAGCGCGUCGUCUUCAUCGAGCGUGUAUCCCUCGUCGAGCGAGUUUAGCACGACGAGUGAGUCAAGCACGGCGAGCGGGUCCAGCACAACAGUAGCAAGCUCUAGUGCUACAUACAGCCACAUACCUCCCAAGCCCGAGGAGUCCCAGUUGAGCAGCCUCCUAUCCUACGCCAGCUCCAUCAUUGGGGAGGUCUGCACCUGCAUCGAAACCCCCCAGACAUCUACCAUAUCGAGCACACCGCUGGCUACGUCUACCGUCACGGCUACGUCGACCAGCAGCGCCACGGCGUCUGAGACUGUUACAACCACCCCAGUUGUGACGUCUGUCAUUCAAUCCACGGAUGUUAUUAUCACAACUGAUGUCGCGCUAACUACUUCAACUUCGACCACCACAACCACGGUCACCCGUACAUCAACAGCGACAGUCACCACAUUCUAUUCAUACCCUACUUGCCAGCCCGGUUCAGACUUUACGAACCCUGGUGCCGGAGGCUGCAGCGCUAACUGCUACUGCGAUUCGUCGGUCUCUGGCAACUCGGUCUGUGACGACGCCUUGGCGUGCGGGCAAACCUGUGACCGUGACUCGGACUGCCCGGGUGGUCAGUUUUGCCUUACCGGCGGAUACUUCGCCACCUGCCCCAACGGACGCACAUGCGCGUCAUCAGCAAGCUGUACCUCGACCUACUCUCCCGCGAAGCUUAUGUUCGCGAGGGCUAUGGGCAUGCCUAAAGUUGGUGCUGAGUCGAUGGAGAAGAGGGAGUCCAAGGUUGAGCUCGUGGCGCCUGUUAGAGUCGGCCUUGUGGCGAAAUUCCCUUGA